AUGCCCAACACUCUGAUGAUGUUCAAGGGUGACCCAACACUUCAUGCAUCUUGGUUACAAUCUUACAAUGCCUUCACCAUUGCCAUCCAGGACAAUCUAGUCAUCACUACGCCCAACAUGCAAUUCGUUCCCAAGUUCCACCAUUUUGAAGAAGAAAACAUACAAGCCCGUGCCGAUGGUUGUUUUGGUGUUGUCGACUGCUUUCAAUGGCCUCAAGCCUAUGACAACAUCUUUCGCAAUUCCAUCUGCAUUCCUCGUAAGGAGGCUUACCCAUUCCCACACCCACUUCACUGGGUGUGGUACACUCCUGAGCAAAAGGACUUCAAGACCAUCCCAGGCAAUUCGUUUCCUGUGGGCACAUUUGCCUCUGACAAGGUCGAAGGCCUGGAGUCACUCCUCAAAUUAGUAGACAAACCUGUACAGGACUGGAGGGCCAAUCAACAAGGCAAAAAGGAUGUCAUCGUCAAUCGUGUUGUCUCUCUUCGACAUGGUAUCUCGCGACUCAAAAAACAUCCCCUGACCUUUUGCGAUCUCCUCCUCUUCGUCACAGAUGCCCAACGCCUCUUCCUUGAAAUUCACUCCUUUAUGGAUUGGGUUCUCAUUGCCCAACCUUGCAUCUCCUCUGGCAUUGCAACUGUUAUUGUCGAUUCAGAAUGGAUGGGCGCUUUCACGCAUGAAAGUGACAUGUGCAACAAGCUCCACAUGGCUGGUAUGCCCAUCUGGUAUGUCUGCACGAUGACAUAUAUACCUGACAAUAUGAAGGUUCACAAACCCAUGUUAAUUACACAUCCAGAUGACAUUGUCAUCUCGAUGUAUGUGGAGGGCAACAGAAUCCGCCCUUAUGACAUCAUUUAUCGUGGCCAAGGUGGCCACCAGUGCCAACUUCACAUUUGUCGCCUGUACAGCAGCACAACUUUCAGAAAUCCCAACGUCGUGGUUCCCUUGUCCACUUCAUCCAGCAGUUUCUCUACUCCCAGUUCUUCUGCUCUUGCGCCAUCCUCUCAAACAUCUGCUGCUGGAAGAGCACCUCAACAAAACGCAAAAGAGGCUCGGCCCACCCAGCCCUCCCAGUCAGGGGAAUCCAGGGACAAGUGGAAAGACCCUGAGAGCUUGUAUCUUCUGCCCUCUCUUUUGCAUUGGGAUGAUGCCCUCAAGACUUGCAACAAGGAUCCAUCUCGCAUGCACAUGCCCUAUGCCAUUGAUCAGGGAUACAGAUUCCCUGAACCCACUCUCCUCCUCGGUCCCAAGCUGCCGGAGCACCUCCAGGGUUAUAUCGCUACCUGGUUCACCUGUCAUCCGCUAUGGAUUGGCCAAGUCGAUCAUGACCUGCCAUGCAAUUACCCUUCACCACAGCUCUGGUGCGCAGCACCCAAAGGCAAGAAUCCUGAAAAGCAGGGACCUACAGCGGUGGAGAAGCGCAAGGUGGUGAUGAGAGACUUGUUUGGUGAUGACAUGUUGGAGACUCAGGGAGACCUGUUCGCACAAGAAGGAUUGGUGGAAUUUUGUGGCCCACAAGUGUUGGUUGCCAGUCUUGCUAACCCUCCAUGGCAUCUCACCCAAAGGAUCACAUGGGAGUUAUUUGAGCUUGGUUUCUGUUAUGAGCUGAGGGAUCUUGAUUGCUACCUGGCCUGCAAACAUUGGGCAGAUGAUCUGAUCGGUCAGCAAUUUCCGGAGGACAACUACGGCAUGUGGAAUAACACCUUAGUUGGUGUUCUACCUUACCUGGAGAAAUUCCGUGAACUUCUCUGUGCUUGGGACGAUGCUCCACUGCUUCUGGUUGUACCACUGAUGCCAGAUAGCUUCAUGGAUACCAAGUGUUGGGAAGUCAUGCAUACUGUGACCACCUUUUAUGUGCAGACAUUCUUUCGUCAUUUUGGCAGGCCCCCCAUCAUUCCCCAUUCCAUCCCUUUGUGA